CACAGUUUGCGCAAAAUGCCGCUGGACGCAGAGGACGGUGGUGCUUUAUUUCGGUUUAUUUUAAGCUUGCGCGUUUCAGCUUGCGCGUUUCAGCUGUUGACACAUCGACGUGGUGAAGCUUGACGCCUUCCUACACCAGUCAGAUCAAUACUGGAUUGAAGCUUGGACUGUAAUUUUAAGCCCUGCGUAAAGAAAGCAGACUUUGCCCGGGUUGGACCCGUUCUGGUUGCGCUUAUUCUGUCAUCCGAACCUGAGCGCAUAAAUAAGGAACGAGGCCGACACGACCGUGCGGCACUACAGUUGCUCUGUUCAGGAUUUUACACGAGUGAUGACAAACUGCUUAGCUGUGUGCAGCAAAGCUUAUUCGAAGAAGAGGAUUGAAGAAGGAAGUGCAAUUCAUGUUCUCUUUCCUUUUUUUUUUGAAAACCAACACAUGAAGCCACUCUGACGAAGGCAGUCAGACUCGUAGAGCAGUUUCCUUUUUGGACAAUCUGUACUAAUGAUCAUUCGCCCACACCCUUUGUUAGUUUUCCAGUCUCAACAUGAGCCUCUCUCCUCACCAGAGAGGAAACAUCGUCAAGCAAAAUAUUGAAAGCAUCGAGGAACUGGCUCAGCAUUCGGGAGACAUUUAUUACAACGUCGGGGCUUCUGCUGUGGAGCAGACGAAUAGCGGAGCUGCGGGAAGGACGGAUCCCAAUCUUCAGGGCUCGGCUGUUUUCAAGCCUGAGUGGGGUCAUUUCCAGCAGCCAGGUCCGGUGAAGUGGGUGCACCAGGAUCCAAUGCAGACCCCCACUUGGUUCCCAAAUGCAAACAAACUGACCGAGAACUUUGGACCUUCUUCAGGUAGAAUUGAUGAUUCUCGGGGUCAGGUUUUACCCAACAUCAACCAUGAAAUCGUGGGUGCGGGUUCAUCCGUGCCAUUUUCUCAAGCCUCCCAAGCGGUGACGCAAGGAAUAGAAUGGGAGACUCACAAUAUGGAAGCCAUGCAUCACGCCCAGUUCCUCCAGCAGGGCCAAAAACCAGGAGACCCAUCCUACCAACCCCAAGCCAUGUGCCACAUCAUACCCGACUCCACUCUGCAGUCUUUUCAGAUGGCGUUCGGACCUACAAAACAGCUUCAGGCUCCGGGGUUCCUUCAGACCUUUCAGUCUGGCGGCGCCCCACGAAAUCUGGGUUACAGCGAGCAACAAAAGUCUCAACAGCAGCUCCUGCAACAGCAGCUGCAGCAAGUCCAGCACCAGCAGCAGAUGCACCAUUUCCAACAGCAACAGCAGCGACUCCACCAGUACCACCAUCAACAAAAAAUGCAGGAACAGAUGCACCAGAUGCAGAAAAAUCAGCUCCAGCUCCAGCAGCAGCAGCAGCAGCAGCAGCAGCAGCAUCAGCAUCAGUUGAAAGGUCGUCCGCAGCAAGCCUCAUGUACCUCACAACCGAUUCUGCCAGACCAACGACUCGCCAGACAACCUCAACCGGACAACAGUCAGUUGAAAGCAGAAUCCAGUAUGUUGUCCCAGCAGAGACAACCCACGACCAUACCAGCUCAAAAACACGAACCUCCUCAUUUAACAAACGCUAGCGCUAAAGCACCGGCAGAACCACAGGAACUUGUACUCAAACCUGAGGUCCCUCCUAGGCGCUCCAGACGGCUGUCGAAGGAUGGUAUCUCCCCUACAACCAGCAAGCCACCCAAGGAUCUUGCCCCUAACGGAAGUAUUGGUGGUCAUCAUGCGGCCACUGGUGGCGUCAUCCAUAGCACUCAGAGAAGAAGGAGGACGUCCAAAGAGAUCAACCUGGAGACUCUUGCUCAGAAGGCUUCAGAGAUGGAGUGUUUGCCCGCAAAGCAUGAUGAAAGCACCCCCGGCAGACCAACCGGUAUGCAGCCACUAGUGAUUCCAGUAUCUGUGCCUGUGAGGCGGGCCCAAGCCCAAAUGGAUCUAGCAGGACACUGGAAGCCUCCUUCAGGGGGUCAGUCAUCUGAGUGCAAACCCUCUGUGAUCGUAACACGUCGCCGUUCAUUAAGGGCCUCUGACGUUUUCAACCAGGAGGAGGAGGAGAAAGAGGGCGGGAGAUCGCCAGACAAGAUAAGGCGUCGCCCCCGGCCCGAGCCCCUCGUCAUCCCCCCGCCCAGGCCCUGCACCUUCAUCGCUCCGUCCGUCUACUCCUGCAUCUCAUCCUACCAGAGCCACUUACGAUCCCCUGUGCGCCUAAUCGACAACCCACUGACUUUUCCCCCUUAUACUCCGCCGCCCAUCCUGUCCCCUGUGCGAGAGGGCUCGGGUCUGUACUUCUCCACCUUUCUGUCCUCUAUAGCAGCCGGAAACCAGAGCCUCCCUCCUCAACCUACACCCAAGAGGAGCCUCCUGCGCUCCAGCAGUUCAGAAAUUACUCCUCCGAUGCCUCCUCUGAUAGGAGAGGCCACGCCUGUCAGCUUAGAGCCACGAAUAAACAUCAGUGUAAAGUAUCAGGCGGAGAUUCCAGAGGUCCGGGAACGGUCUUUGGUUGAGCAGGAUGAGCACAGAGCGACGCUGGUGUGGCUUCCUUUACUGAAGACUGAAUCUUCAACAUCCCAGGAGGAAACAGUCGAUAAUCUGAUGAACCUGAGCUGCUCCGGUGUGUUUUGUGGAGGAGGAACCAAUGUAGAGCUGAUGCACCACUGCCUUCACGAGAACAGAGGGGAUGUUCUGAAAACCUUUGAGGUGAUGUUCAUGAGGAAUCCUGUUUUUUCCAAGGAUCACCACCUUUCAAACUACCACUAUGCAGGUUCAGACUGCUGGUCCGUGGAUGAGAAGCGCUACUUCAACAAAGGGAUUUCAGCCUACAGGAAGGACUUCUUCUUGGUGCAGAAAGUGGUGCAGAGUAAAACACUGGCGCAGUGUGUCGAGUUCUACUACACCUAUAAGAAACAGGUGAAGGUUGGGCGCAACGGGACCUUCACAUACGGCCCCAUGGAUCAUGAGGAGCACGUCCCCGAGCACAAGAUCACUCCUGUUAGACAAGAACAAACUGAAGCAGCAGACGAAAGCGAACCUAAACAAGAACCUUACCGGGUUGGAAGUGAAAACCUCAAUACUGUGGCACGGACUCUUAAGGUCAGCGAGAAUGAGGGGAAAGUGUUGGUGCUGAGCGUCCCCAGGAUCGCCACUUUGGAGGAGGCCACAGCACUGAGGCACGAAAUACAGAAUCCUGCUUUUAUUCCUCCAAAACCAAGACCUGUGAGCACGGGGAGGAGAAAUACACCCGCUCCGAAGAGUCAGGGGGAACCGGAGGGCAUAUUUCCCUGCAAGAAGUGCAGCAGGGUUUUCUACAAGGUGAAGAGCCGCAGCGCGCACAUGAAGAGCCACGCCGAGCAGGAGAAGAAGGCCGCAGCGCAGCGCCAGAGAGAGGAAGAGGAACGCCUGCUGGCGGCCAGGGCGAGGCUGGAGGCGGCGGAGGCAGACAGGGUGGACGAGGAAGCGGACGGAGAAGGAGAUGAGGAAAGCCUGGUCUAUCCAGACGCAGAACGAGACGAAGACUGGACUCGAUGACUUUUAUCACACUGUGUUUUCAGGGCCGCUGAUUCGGCCGGAUCUGUUAUGCAUCACGUAAAUAAUUGAGGGUGUUUAUUAUAAAAUACAGUAUAUAACAGAAGGAGGGUGUGAAUAUGAUUUUAUUAUUGCAGUGAAGUGUGAUGCAUAUAAAAAAGAGCCUAAAGUUCUAACACUGAAUGUACAUUUAAUAAGAUCUUGAUCUGUAAUUUACCUUUAAUGAUCCAUAUUUUUACAGCAGCUUUUGAAAUCGUUCUGGUGGUAUUUUGUAUGAAUGUCAGAUUUAUAUUUCUUCACAAACACAGAAUAUAAGAUGGCCAAUGUCGUCUUUUGUUUUUGAACGGAACAAUUUUACACAGAAAUAAUUAUUUUAUAGUAAAAAAAAAAAAAGUUCUAUAAUAUUAAAAAGUU